AUGGUUUUUUGCCAUGCGUUCGCCGAGGCUCUUGAGGAGCUCGUCCACCAUCCAGCCAACGCGGGCGAGCUCCUCAGCGCUGAGCUCAACGAGGCCUGGGUGGUUGCCGUGCAUGAUGUUGUAAAGGAGGUACCUGAUCUCGCUGUCCUGGCACUCGCGGCGAGCCUUGUCGACCUGGUCCCGGAGCUUGGCGAUGCGCUGGGUGAGGAAUGCCUCCUGGUCCAGCGUCUUCUUGCAAUGCCCCAGCUCCGGCAUGCUCUUGAAUUCAUUCAGGAUAUCCACCGCCUCGGCGUGGGAAGGGAACACCUGAGGCUCCGCCUCGCCCUCGCCGUACACCACCAGGCAGGUCUUGACAUCGCACAUGGUGCCCAGCUCGGUCGCCUUUUUCAUCAGGCUCCCGAGACGAUUCCUGAACCUAGUGCGCCGGGCGGAGUCCUUGGCGAUGUACUGCAGGGUCACCUUCUUGCGAGCCAUUGCCGGCAAAGGGAUAAAACUAGCCAAGUUGGCCCCUUGUAUAGCGAGAGCGCGGCAAAUUGUACGCGCGCAGAUGGUUUCCACGCGACGUAA